UCAGAGGAUGGAAAUAGUCUGGGAGGUGCUUUUUCUUCUUCAAGCCAAUUUCAUCGUCUGCAUAUCAGCUCAACAGAAUUCACCAAAAAUCCAUGAAGGCUGGUGGGCGUACAAGGAGGUGGUCCAGGGAAGCUUUGUUCCAGUUCCUUCUUUCUGGGGAUUGGUGAACUCAGCUUGGAAUCUUUGCUCUGUGGGGAAACGGCAGUCGCCAGUCAACAUAGAGACCAGUCACAUGAUCUUCGACCCCUUUCUGACGCCCCUGCGCAUCAACACUGGGGGCAGGAAGGUCAGUGGGACCAUGUACAACACUGGAAGACAUGUGUCCCUGCGCCUGGACAAGGAGCACUUGGUUAACAUAUCAGGAGGACCCAUGACAUACAGCCACCGGCUGGAGGAGAUCCGACUACACUUCGGGAGUGAGGAUAGCCAAGGGUCGGAGCACCUCCUCAACGGACAAGCCUUCUCUGGGGAGGUGCAGCUUAUCCACUAUAACCAUGAGUUAUAUACAAAUGUCACAGAAGCUGCAAAGAGCCCUAAUGGAUUGGUGGUAGUUUCUAUAUUUAUAAAAGUUUCUGAUUCAUCAAACCCAUUUCUUAAUCGAAUGCUCAACAGAGAUACUAUCACAAGAAUAACAUAUAAAAAUGAUGCAUAUUUACUACAGGGACUUAAUAUAGAGGAACUAUAUCCAGAGACCUCUAGUUUCAUUACGUAUGAUGGGUCGAUGACUAUCCCACCCUGCUAUGAGACGGCAAGUUGGAUAAUAAUGAACAAACCCGUCUAUAUAACCAGGAUGCAGAUGCAUUCCUUACGGCUGCUCAGCCAGAACCAGCCGUCUCAGAUCUUUCUGAGCAUGAGUGACAACUUCAGACCCGUGCAGCCACUCAACAACCGCUGUAUCCGCACCAACAUCAACUUCAGUUUACAGGGGAAGGACUGUCCCAACAACCGAGCCCAGAAGCUUCAGUAUAGAGUAAAUGAAUGGCUCCUCAAGUAGGGAACGAGACCAAGAAGAAUCUCAAGAAGAAAUGCUACAACUUUGAAUUGAUGUAACCUAGAAUGCCCCCCCUCUUUCUUCUCUCUCCCUCUCUCCCUCAAGCCUCAUUCACUCUUUGGAUUGGCCCUUUCUUCAUGAAAAGUAUCUGCAAAACCAUGGCAGAGGAACACGUCUCUUCCACACACUCAGACACACACACACACACACACACACAGGGGCACACAUGCCAACAUAUCUACACAUAGACACACUCACAUGGCCUCCAGGAUGGGAAGUCAAGUUUCAGAAAAUACAGGCUCGUUCAAAAGAGGUCUUAGAAGAAAACAACCAGUUAACCUGAUUACAAUUUUGAUACUGUUUUCCUGAACUAAUAAAUCUACCCAAUGAGACUUUUCAGCCUUUGUACAUACAAAAUUCUUCCAAAAGAGAGAGAGGAGAAAACACAGCUCCGACAGCAUCAAGCGGACUUUGUUCUUGGCAUCAAGUUAUCUCGGGUGGUGUCCUAGGAUCCUCUGGUGACAGGUGAACCAGGAUAAAGUUGGCCAAGGACACUUAUUCUUCUGUUUACUCCCAAAAAAAAAUUAAAAAGAAAAGGACAGACCUUGAAGAGAUACACAUUGUAUAUAUAUCACUGCAGACUAUAAAGAAAUGGAAUUAUUUCCCCUCUUCGUCACAUAUCUGUAGUAGGAUUUGCCAAGAUCAGAAUCGAUCCAUUCACUGUUUCUUGUUUUCCAAAGGUCAUACAUUGUGUUUGGUUAUUGUUAACAGCUCAAUAAAUGUGUUUAACGAGUUAAUUUCA